GACUUGAUUAGUUCAAUGCGAUUGAUCCCACACACACAGAAGUCACGCAUUAGGAUUGGUCGGACCAAUCAAGACAAACCCUGGACAGUGAAUACCUCCCAUCCCCCCCGCUGUGCUUCUUAUCUGAAAUUUGCUCAGGCCCCUCCGUCCUUUAAGAGGACGCCGCCACAGACUGCAGCCUUCUUCAGAUCCACAGUCAUGAACAUGAAGGCUCUUCUGCUGCUUCUCGCCGCGUGCGCGGUCAGUGGGGGACAUGUCCCCCAGGCCGUUUGGCAGUUUGCGGAGAUGAUCAGUUGUGCCCAGCCGGGUGUUAAUCCUCUGGCGUACAAUGAAUACGGCUGCUACUGCGGCUUGGGGGGCUCUGGGACUCCUGUGGAUGAUGUGGACAGGUGCUGCCAAGUUCAUGACAACUGCUAUAGCCAAACAAUGAAGAUUCCCGAAUGCGAGGGUAUUUUCGACCUUCCCUAUGUUAUCGAUUAUAAUUUCAGCUGCUCAAACAAACAGGUGUAUUGCCCAGCGACCAACAAUAAGUGCCAGGCUGCAGUUUGUGAGUGUGACCGCGUGGCGGCGCACUGCUUCGCUCGGUACAAUUACAACUCGGAGUACAAGAACCUGGACUCUAAGUACUGUUAAAGACUCGCAGAGCUCGACGUGUGCGUCACAGUUCUUCUCCAAAUCGGAUCUGUUUCUCAUUCGUGAUUAUGAAAUAAAAGAUUGUGGAUUUUCUUAAAAUGAUAAAAAUUUAAAAAAGUUUAAUAAACUGGUCAUAUGCUCUG